CCUGGGCCGGCGACAAGGACAAGCAUCACAUUGUCAUAUCCAUCAUUCGACCUGAAAUCGCAUCGUGAUUCCAAAAAGCAAAAGGUCCAUGCGGAAAUCUUUCACUGUUGACUCACCUGUUAACUUCACUUUUAUUUUUCCUCCCCUCACCGUUUCCCUCUUCAACCGGAAAUGCUCAACACCAACGGAAUCACUAAACCACCACCAUCUUCUUCUCGUCGACCAACGACCUGAUCCCUCUGCUCUGACUCGCAUUGCUUUUGCUUUUUUUGCUCGAAUGACUUGGGGCGUAACCAAAAGCUUCUUUCCUUCUCAACUACGAACCCAGACUCGGGAAUGAUGAGGGCUGCUGCUACUGCUGCCCCCUACUUCGGCAACGACACCGGCAACGACACCGGCAACAUCCCCGCCGAAAGGACCGCCCCGUCGUUUCCUGAUGCCCUCCGUGAUGCCGCCACCGCCUUCAAGCUGUUCUUCAUAGCCACGGCCCCCAAACUCCUUACCGCCUGGCUCUACGUUCCCUUCGGCAUCGCCUUUAUCCUUGCCUUCUCCUUUGCCGUGCACACCGCCCUAGACUCGACCGGAAUCUUGUUUCCCGCUUCCGUCGCUUGUCUAAUCUUGCUCUUUUUGGCUCUUCUGCUGUCCGAGAGGCUCCUGGGUGGUCAUCGUACCAGGGCCAUCGUCAACCUCAUCGAUGUGCCUGCUGGCUGGUCCCUUCGAUGGAUUAAUCUGUUUUUCACGCCGUCCUUCAUUCUCCUUCCUCUUAGUCCCUCCAUAGGUAUUGCCGAAGUGUCCAAAAUCAUUGGCGUCUUCCUCGUCGGCUUCGUCGUCAUGAUGGCUGCCGCCGCAUAUGUAACUCGCGGCCUGCAACUCCUCCUCGGAACUUCCAAACGCGCCGCCAUCGAGCGCGCCGAAGAGAUGCGCAACGACGCAGACGGCAUUCCCCUGGCCGACUCGCUCCCUCGCGAAAACUAUCCAAAUUCGGACCGAGACGGGGACCGCUCCCAGCCCUCUUCCACCCCGCAGUCGCCAUCCAUCUCCGCCUCUCCAUCUGCCGUCUCCCUGAACGGCCUCGUCCCGCCACCACCGUCACAGACCCCAUCGCAUCUCUUCCAAGACGCCAGCCUCGGUCCGCGCGGGAGCCAUCCCAACGAAACCUCCGCGCUGACCCUGAACCUGAACUCGAAUCCAACCGCUUUCGUCCAACCGUCGCUCCCGCUUCAGUACCCCCCUCCCGCGCCCCGCGCACAGAUCUGGGCCGCCCGCCUCACCCGCUACCCCAACGCCGUAAUCUACACCCUCCUAUUCCUCUUCGCCGGUCUCCCCGUGUACUUCUCCACCGGCUACGCCAUGCCCGCCCACCUCACCUUCACCAUCCUCUGCUACCUCGCCGCCCUCGCCGUGCCCCCCAACUGGCGCCAAUACCUCCACCCCGUCCUCGUCACCGCCCUGCUCGCCUUCCUAGGCCUCUGGGCCCUCGCCGCAAUCCGCACCGGGAUCGUAAGCGACGGCAAAACCAGCGCCGCCUCCCUCCACGAAGCCCUGUCCCCUUACAGAACAGGCGCCACCUACCAAGCCCUCUGGCGCCCCUCCCACCACGCCACCGGACCAAAUCGGCCCCUUCCCGGCGCAGGCGACCUCUUCGCCACCGUCCUCGACGCCGCCAUCGUAGCCCUCGCCCUGCCCAUGUACCAGUACCGCCGCGAGCUGCGCACCCACUUCCUCGCCAUCGUCGCCCCGUCCGUCGCCUUCUCCGUCGCCAGCCUCUUCGGCUACCCCGCCCUCUGCGCCGCCGUCGGCAUCGAGGCGCGCCGUUCCCUCGCCUUCGCCGCCCGCAGCCUCACCCUCGCCCUCGCCAUCCCCGCCACCGAGAACCUCGGCGGCGACCGCAACACCGUUGCCGCUGUGGCUAUCAUGAGCGGCAUCCUGGGCGCUCUGGUCGGGGAGAGGAUGUUGCGCUGGCUUCGUAUUCCCGAGGAUGACUACGUCACCCGUGGCGUCACGCUGGGCGCCAACUCCUCGGCGAUUGCGACGGCUGUGCUCCUCCGCACCGACCCCCGUGCUGCAGCUCUUUCCAGCCUGAGCAUGAGUCUCUUCGGCACUAUCACUGUGCUCUUUACGUCCAUCCCGCCCUUGGUCCAUGUCGUCCGUUCCCUGGUAGGACUCUGACCCCACCGGCGACAUGGCAAGAAAUUGAGGGUGGAGUUUUAGGAGUUUAGGAGGUCAACGAAUGGUGGUGUGCACAAAGUAGAACUGCGAAUAGAGUAAAAAUGCAUUGCGCCUGUUUUACCGAUACGAAAGGCGGGCCCGUUCGUUCAACCAUCCCUGGAGAAACCAUAUCCCUAAUACUCGGCAGAAAACGAUACCGGAGCAGAUAAACAAAACAUCGCAUCGUUCAUGUUACCGGGGCCCAAGCCCGUAACUCGCAUCCUCCC